GCGCUACUGUACUACUACUAGAUGUACUAGUACUGAUGUUUCGGUUCAAUUUCGACAACGACGGCACUGCUGCCGCCGCCAACGCUUCACCAACGGCAGAUGCUGCAUUAUCGCAGAGCGACUUGGUCCAGAAGCGUCCUGCAGUGCUCCAUCGCGCAGCUCCAUUGACACACGCUUUCGAUGCCGAUCAGUUCAUUGUCGUGCCAGUGGGGCCAUCAGUAUCGAUGGCAGUGGUGAACCAGCACCACCCUCGAUUUCUCUCGCGCACGGGCGAACUCGCCAACUUGCUCAUAACGUCAGACAUCCAAACCGGAGUGUAUGAAGGCGGGUUCAAGCUAUGGGAAGGAGCCGUGGAUUUGAUUCAGUACAUGACCGCAAAUGCAGCCAGAUUUCCCGUGCACGCUCACGGAGGAUGGCGAGUCCUCGAGCUCGGGUGUGGCCAUGGCUUGCCUGGCCUGCAUGCACUGCAGCAGGGAGCGGCACAGGUUGUGUUUUCAGACUACAACCACGAAGUGAUUGAGCUGGCCACGAUUCCAAACACUCAGCGAAAUGCGACCACGGACAAGGCCACGUUUUACUCGGGCGAUUGGCACUUGAUGUCGGAGCACAUGGCCCAAGCCAACCACGGCACCGACGUCGAGUUCGAUUUGAUCCUGUCGGCUGAAACCAUUUACACGGAAAGCGUCAGUGUCGAGUUGUUCAAGGUACACGAACGAUCGACUCGAUGUUGAACAAGCGUAGAUGAUGACGAUGAACCAAACUAACUAGACCAUUCGACGCCACUUAAAACGACGUGGCGGCGUGGCGCUGGUGGCUGCCAAAUCGUACUAUUUUGGCACGGGGGGCAGCGUCCACCACUUCAAGUCGCUCGUAUCGCAAGAUGCAACCAUGGUGGCCCACACGGUAUGGGAGAGCAACGAUGCACGGUCCAACGUGCGAGAGAUUCUCCAACUGGCGUUCGUGUAAACUGUGAUUAACUGUACCGUACAGUUUCUACGUCAGCAGCACCACUGUGUCAACAAUGGUGUUGUACUUUCGUGAUUACGACAACAAUAUUGUUUUGGUUUGGGGCAAGAAUCAACCGACCAAAUGCGGUCAAGUCACCGUAAUUGAGCUAGCUUAUUCGUUGA